CGUAGGCGGCAGAAAGGCGUGCAUCAGAGUCCUAAGAAAAGGUAUCCAGUGGAAAAAAAGACCGGUUUGGAACGGGAACUAACUUGGACAGGCUUUCGUGCAAGCCAUUCAACAAGAGUAAGAAGACGCCAGGAUGGACAACAGUGAGGUAACUGCACCCGUGGGAAACACUAAUCAGGACUCAGAAAGCCAAGAAAAGGUGGAAGACGACCUCUAUACACAACUAAAAAAGCAGCUACAGUACCUGCGAAGUCGUGUUAGCGCCUCACCUGAUCAUGACGUCACGAAACAGUUCGCACACCUGAAGAUUUCAGACCUCACCGAAGUGCCCCAUCCCGACUUCUCCGGAAGCGAGCAUCCUCAUGACGAUGACCUUGGCAGCGGUCAAGGUCAAGUAUCGAUCAGAGACCACGACAAGGAGGAACCUAGCAAAACGACUGAAGAAGUUGGUGCCAAACUUGAAGGAUGGAACCAGCAGUCCGUUAAUGAAGUAAACAAGAACCAAAGUGGUAACGACGCGGCUAACAAUACAAGUGAAGAAGCUGAGGUUGGAGAAAUGCCCGAAGACAGACCGAGUCCCUACAAACUCGUUUGGCAGCGUCAAGUUGGAGAGGCCAGUCCACCACAGCCCUACCAACCACCAACCGGGGCCUAUGGGGAAGAAGUUGUCCAAGUUAAGAUCAGCGCAGCGUCGGACAGUAAGAGAGAGAUCUACGUCUUGAGCGACAUCCAUCUCGGGCGGCCCCUUGCCAUCUGUCCCGGCCACUUGCAGCUGGAGAGCGCGCUGUCUCGCAUCGUGACGGCGGCGGCAGAAGGGAAGGUCCGCUCCCUCAUUCUGCUGGGCGAUAUCUUCGAGAUGUGGGUCCAGUUAGCCGCAGAGCCAGCCUGGACGGACAAGGAUUUCCUCAGACACUGGAAGACGGACUCCGUCUGUAAGGUCUUCACUCGCGCCGUGUGCGAGAUGGCGGGAGAGCACGGCGUGGAUGUGUACUACAUCAGGGGGAACCACGACCACGAGAUCACGUCUGCCAUGGUCCACGACUUAUUCCAUGGGAAGGUUCGGUUCGUCCCAGGAAUUCUAAUCUACAACAUCAGUGUGGAGCAGCAGGAGUAUCGCGUCAGGUUCGAGCACGGGCACAUCUGGGACCACCUGUCCACCUACUCGUACGGUGACACCACCGGACUCAUCUGCGGGCGGCCCAUUGCAUACUAUUGCUGCAGAAUUGCUUCCUACCAGCUACUGAAUGGUCUCUUUGUGGGAGACGUCACGGACAAGUCCAUGCUAAAAGUGAAGGCGCAGAUUCGCGAUAUGCUGAAGAGCGCAGGGCCGGACAUCAUGAACCUCGUGUGUCUACCCGACAUACGGGAGGAGCUUCUGUCUCUGAUAGUCGAGCUAGCCCUGGGCGGGAGUAUCCAUGGCAACGGGGUGAUCAGGAUGCAUGAUGGGAUGUACGUGCCCGUGCGGAAGCUGCCGAAGUACAGCUUUAUAGAGAGGCUAUGUAAACAGGAAGGUCUGGAGAAAGUCUUUAAGAUGUUCCUGGUUCAUCUUGGCGACCUCUCUCCCUUGCUGGAGACCUGUGACGAGGACGUGGUAGUCACUGGCCACAGUCAUCACUGGGCUGCAGAGCCGGCUGUUGGGAGGGACGGGAGGGCCAUUCUGUCCGCUAACUCAGGAGCAUGGGUGGAUGCUGAGGAGGUUUCCUACCUGAGGCUGGUCCCACCAACAAGUCUGGAGGAUGGCAGUAUAGAAGUUCUACACUCUCCCGUUACUAUGGCAACAGCUGAGGAUAGCAGCAAAUAAUUAUGGACAGCAUAAGCCUGGGGUCAAGACUUGUCGGCUUAAAGGAGCCCAAUGCAUCAUUGGGGCAUUUAAACUCAUUUUUUUUAAAUUCAAUUUUCAAGUUAUGUUUACACACAGUAAGGUUAAUUAACACUAUCCUAUUGCAUAUCGACCUUCAUUGAGCACAGAUAAGACGUCAUUGGGUGAUGAGACCUUAUUGAAAAUCUGAGCACUGCCCGUGCCACUAGGGCAGCCAUUAAUUCAAAUUUUCGGAAUGCAUGUGAAUCUUAUCUAAUCAAUGUACCAUUUCCCAUGCCAAAUAAUCAUUACGGAAUGUUGAAGUCUUGUAGCCAUGUUUUACAAGUCUGACACUGGGUUACAUGGCAAAAUUAAAUUUCCUUUCUGAGAAUUACGCCUUACUUUGCUCUCCAGAGUGUGAGGGAGAAGUGUUUACCAUAUGAUACACUCAGUUCUGGGAGUAAAUACAGGCAUCUUCAAGUUUUCCUCCCUGCUCUCUCUGUUUUCAUCAUAAAAGGUCAGAGAAACAAUGAAAUAAUGUUUUAUUCAUUUAUAUUAACAACAUACAAUGGCACAUGAAAAAUGUUAGUUACGAAAAGUUGAAGUUUUGUGGCCAAAUCUUAUGCUGUAUUACAUAGCAAAAGAUUUCUGGAAUGUACCUUUUACUUUGUUCUCAAUAGGAGAGAUGUUAGCUGCUUAUAAAUAUGGAAAGUUGAAGUCUUGCAGUCAUAUUUUACAACUGUUACAGUAACUAUAACAUUGUAUUUAUACUUAAGCAAAAGAGUUUUUUUUCUGGAUAGCACUUUGUCAACUGUUUCCUUUCCCAAUGGUUUUCCAGUAUCUUGGCUUUUUUAGGAACUGCAGGGUCCUUUUUGUUGAAGACUUAGGACA